CGAAAUGGAAAGUCUAGAGAGCAAUGGACUUCUCUCCUCUUCCACUCAAUGGACUAGAAGAGCAAUACGCACGAAUACAAGAUUGUUUUAUACACAGGAGAAAUUUAACCUUUUACGAGAAGAAACGGAAGGAUUUGCCAAACUUAUUACAGACCUUUUAGGGUCACAUAGAUCUCGGGAUUCGACAACAAAACAACAUACACGCCUUGUUUCUUUGGUGGGUUGUUUUGAUCUUGAUCCCAAUAGAGUCGUAGACCUUAUCUGGAACGCUAGCGCAUACUGUAACGAAAAAUGUGGAGAAUUGUUAUCAUUAAUGUCCACAUUUCGCUCAGACUAUAUUUCGCAGAUUCUUGGAUUCAAAUUUCAAAACUGCCAGUGGAACAGGAAAAGUCUGUGUACAGAGACAGAAGAGUCUGUUAACUUUGAUUCAACGUUUUCUCCUAUAUUGGCAGAAAACUCUACUGUACCUUAUUCGGAGCUUGGUCCUCUCAUCGAAGUCGCAGCGGAAGCUUUGAGCCGUCAGUUGAUUCGUCUCUGUGAUAUCUGGCCACACUUAUCACCUGAAGACUCUGUAAUUUUCACUAGAUUGAUAGAAUUUGCUAACGAGGUUGACAAAACCACUGCAGAGUUUGGUGUUGUAAGUUUAUCUGGAGGAGAAAGCAGCUUAGGUUCCCGAGUCAGUCGAACGGAACAGCCUUUUAAGACAUAUGAAGACUUUGAGCAAGGCCCAUUUUCCGAAGGACUUUUCUCGAAGAUUGAACUCAUUUGUGCUCUAUUAGAACGAGGCUCUUGGAACAUUGUUGUUGAUUGCAUGAAGAUACUGUCAGAUUCUGGUCAAAAAAAUUUAUCGGACUUUGGACAACAAUUGUGUUCCCAUCCUCGUUAUCGAACUGUCCUCGUAGCGAUUGCUGAGCAAGUCUUAGAAAAAUUCCUAGGCAAAACGCUAAACCUAAGCUUGAGUUGUCCAUCUUCAGCUAAUAACUAUUUUCUAAAAAUGAAAGAAGAGAAGUUGUUGAUGUUAUUCGGAUUUCAAGGUUUCGAGGACUUGCUUCACAAGGAAGUGAAAGGCGCAGAACAGAAACAUCAUGCACUAGUUUAUAUAUUGCUUUCACUUGGUCCGUAUAUCAAACAGAGUUGUCGGUGUCUGUUCCUUUUGUGUCGUUUUGUACAAAAGCAACUUAACGAAAGUGAUGGAGUUAGAAAUCUUGGGUUAAGACUCCUGGUAGAAGUUAUAUUUCCCGCAAUGAGCUGUAUAAAGGGGAAUCCUGCGCUUUCUAUUGAAUUGUGGAGAACGAUGUGUCUUCUUCGCUUUGAUGAACGUUACCAAAUUUAUUAUUUGGUAAAGCAUUCUAUAAGACAGGAGUACAGUCUUGUAAGAAGAUCGAAUUCCUGGACAAGUUUUGAGACGAGAAGGGUUUUGCGACGUCUUGCGAAAGAAAAUGUCAAACAAUUUGGGCGUUGGUUAGGGAAGAUUUGCAAUGGAAAUCCACUUAUCGCUGCGGAAUGUAUACUGGAACAAGUUCAAAGCUAUGAAAACUUGAUUCCCGUCUUAAUUGAUGCAUUGAAGUAUAUGACACCGUUGACUUUUGAUAUUAUCAUGUAUAGCUGUCUUGAGCAGUUAGAUACUUGUAACAAGGACAAAAUCAAGUCUGACGGAAUGAAUCUCUCUCAGUGGUAUUAUGGUCUUUGUAUUUUUAUUUCUGGUCUUAUAAGAAAGUACUUUGCAUUCGUUGAUUGCCGAGGUCUAUUUCAUUUUAUCUUUAAUAAAUUGGAGGAAGGAGAUUCUGUGUAUGUGUUUCUCCUUUUGGAAAUCCUGAGUAGAGUGAGCGGAGGUGGAAAUACGGAGCAUUUGAGUGAUUCCCAAAUGUCUUCGUUAGGCGGAGGUCCUUUAUUACGUGAAAUUGUAGCGUCUGCUUUGUCUUCCUCUUUGCCAGAGACGAAGAAAGUAUCACGCAAAGCUGCAGAGAUGAUAAAAAAUUUAGUCAAUUCAGAAGGACUUGUUGCCGAUUUGGCUAUUUUGGUAGCUCAACAGAAAGAAUCUAUAUUAUUCGAUUCAGUCCAUCGAGAAAUUCCUCUGAGAAUGAUUUGCAAUAUCUUUGAUAAGUGUCAAGAAACUCUAAUCCUUUAUACGGACCUGAUUUUGGGAGAAGACAAGUGUUCUCACAUAGGUGGUGAUAGUGACGAUGUCGAAAGUCGCUCUGAAUCCCACACAAACGGAAAGCCAGAUACGUUGAAUUUUCCAUCCUUUCAGUCUCUUGUAGUGGAUUACCAUAUACCUUAUGUUUCUGCGUUUCUUUUUAUGCGUCCGUAUCUUGUAUUUGAAAACAUCUUUAAUAUGUCACCAGAUACUUCUAAUUUAUCAAGGGAACCGUUCCAUAUCAGCUGCCUAACAAAAGUAUUUCCAGACAGUAUGUGGGAGUCGAUAAGUCCCGAACUCUUUGUUGCAUUUUGGACACUUAAACUUUAUGACAUUCAUGUUCCAAAAGAUUCCUAUUUGAUGGAGUUACAAAGACUACGUUCUAUGGUGUAUGAUGAUCAAGUUACUGAGAAUGACAUACACUCCUUGGUUCGUAAUGUCAAGGAAAGUCGAAGACAUCGACAAGCUGGCAGAAAGUUAGAAGAGACUCUUUCCCUUUUGGAGGAAGAAAUGCGGGUUCAUGAGAGCCACUAUCAGCGGAUACAAAGUUUGUUAUGUGAAAGGAAAUCCUUUUUUUUCACACAAAUCUCAAAUGCAAAAAACUGGUCUAUCGUCUUUUUACAAAUUUGUUUGAUACCUCGCUGCAUCUCAAGCUUCAGUGAUGCAGCUUUUUGCUCAAAGUUUCUUGAGGUUCUUUUGGAUUUAGAUCCUCCUGGUCUACGGAUUCUUCCACUUUUUCAUUAUCUGCUAUUAAAUAUUGGUGAGAUAUCACAAUGUUUAACCGAGGCUGAAGCCACGAGGUUUGGCAAUUUUGUCGCGGAAGUUUUGAAAAUACUGAAUGAAUGGUGGAUGAAUGAAAACAAGUAUAAUGCAGAGUGCCAUAAACGGUUAGCAUUUUCCUUAGAGGUAAAUGAAGAACAGGGUAGUGGUAUUAAGUAUUCGGAGUUUGCAACUUGGAAUCGGGAGGUCCAUUCAGUUAUGACCAAGAGCAUGUUGUCCAAUUUAGACAGCGACAACUAUUUGGACAUUCGCAAUUCUAUUGAAAUCCUAUCUCGUGUGAUAAAAUACUUUCCCCGGAUAGAAAGUCAUGGACUUCUGAUUCAGAGAAAGCUUCAAGAAGUUAUUGAGAAUAAGAAUGAAACUUUUAGGGUUGUAGCCUCCCGAUAUUUGUCCUUGCUACAGAAUGAACGAGGGAAUUGGAUAUCACAUGCCGAAGUAGAUCCUAUCGACUCCGUGAAAUUGAAGGGCGACUUGUUAGAUACCAAUUUCCUACAUAGUUUUCGACAUUUGUACAAUUCUGAAGUCUCAACAAUGUUUUCGCAAAAGUCAGAGCCAACUCAAAUGACUCCAGAAGAGAUGGAAGAAAUGCACAUAGAUGAACAAAUUGAGAAACAGAACACUCAGAUUACUGUUGAGCAAGACUCCUCUUCCGCUAUGCCUGAGCAAUCUGUGUAUGAUGAAGAAUUGCAGGUUGCUUCUACGCAUCUUGAAGAUCCGAAGACAAUGAGUAUUCUUGAAGUGAACGAAAAAAUGGAUUCAUCUCAUAUAACGGAUCCAACCCAUGCUGAAUUAGCACGUAUCCAGGCAGCAGUUGCAGAGAAACGACAGCUUUUGCAAAGAGAACGAGAAAAGAGAAACCGUUUACCAGAACAAAAUGCGAAGGAAGAACUGUCUUUGAAGAACGCUACAAAAGAAACUCCUGAACCUGGUGAAAUAACAAAGGGCAGUAGUCGUUCAGUUUACAAGAAAGAACCAUCUUCAAGUAGAGACAGUAGUGACGACCUGGAAGCUCGCAAAAGAAGACGUGGCCUUGUCGAGGAGGAAGGAGCUAAUGCCUCAGAUACAAAUAGACGUAACAAAAGAGAACGAACAGAUGCAGUUACGUCUUCUAGAAACGAUAUUAUGAAUGCCUCUCGUGCAAAAGAUACCUUGAGCUCCAGCCGUUCUUAUUCUCCAGGUUCCCGUACCUAUUCCGGUGCUAUUGGAGAUUCCAACCGGAACAGAAAUUCAAGAUCUUCAUACGUUAGCCAAGAACGCGUGUUUCGAGAGGGUGAGAGUUCAAACAGAGUUCGUCGUCCAUCUGUUUCGGAACAACGAGAAAAGAAAGCUGAGGAUCCUGACAAUAGAGAAGCAUACAGUUCCACCCGUAUGAGUAGUCGCUCACGCAAGAGUAGAAAAUAAGUAUUUCUAGUAAUUUGACAUUGCAUUUUUUUCUGGAAUGCUGAUAGUGAUUAUUGCAGUUACGUUGAAACUCACUGGAUGGACGAUGGAUGGAUGCUACUUCUGAGAUCUCGUAGCAUCACAGUUUCAAAAAGAUCUUUGAGUUUCCUGUCUUUAAAGAGAGAAAACUAUGGGCAAGAACGAUUGCAAUAAAUGUUGCGCAUAUUUC